AUGAGGGUAUUACUACUAGUAAUUGCAUUAACUGUUACUAAUGGUUCUUUGAUUAGAUUAUAUCCAGCAGAUAGAAAUGAUGUAAAAACUAAUAGUUACAGUAAUACAAGUCACUUAAGUUUACUCAGGAAUAAUUACUUACAUAGUUCAACUUUAAAUAGUUCAUUUAAUAAUAAUUUGGAACAUACUGAAAUUUCACAAGAUUUUUUAGGAAGAGUUAUGGAAAUUAAUAAUCAGGAUGUUAGUAAAGAAAGUGUAAUAGAUAAGGUUAGAAAAACGAAUAAAGAGCAAAAAAAAACUAAUGAAUCAGAUUUCAUUUAUAAUGGUACAAAGCUUUUAACUAUAAUAUUUCUUGUAUUAACAGUAUUCAUGAGUUUAGUAGUAAUAUUAUUUUCAAUAACUCAGAAAUAUAUAAAGAAGAUUAGUGAUAAAUUUGUAAAUCAAGAUUCAUGUGAAAAUGAAGGAAUUGAUUGGAAUGAAGUUAACUAUAAUACUAAUUUAACAUUAAAUACUGUAGAGUUAUCUAAUAUUGAGAAUAUAGUAGUUAGUAAUUUUCAAAAUAGACAGCAUUCAAAGAGGAGACAUUCUUUAGCUCCAAAUAGUACAGAUAACCUAAGUGUGAUUCCAAGGCCACGUUCAGCUUCAUCAUUACCAUUUGUUCAAACUCUUAUUGAAAAUCUCGAUGAUGUAAGUACAACUACUGAUUCUAGAUCAAGUAAAAAUAAUGGAGCAAAUAUAACACUUAAAACUUUUUUAAAAAAAAGAAAUACAUUAUUGGAUUCAGUAUCAAAAGAUAAUGCAAUAGAUGGAAAUAGAUCUUUAAGUUCUUCUGGUAAUUUAGGUGAUCAAGAGUAUGAGUUGGAAUCUGGGGAGUCUCCAAAGUCUGCUUCAACUGUCGUUGCUGUUCAAAUGGGUGAUUUCCUAGCAAGAUGGAAUCCAAAGCGUGAUUCACGUUUAUAUACAAAGGAUGAAGAUACCCCAGUUUCAGCAAUACAGGCCAUGUCUAGAUUUUGA